AUGGAGAAGCUGUACUACAUGCUUUUUGUGGUUCUCAAGUGUCCCAGCCUGAAGCUGAAGAAGCCGUCUGGGGCUUAUAUACCACUGGCUAUGGUGGUGCACUCUCUAGUGAUGGUGUCUUACUGUCUUAUCACUGGACAGAUAAUUUGUGAUAACAUUAUGGAACCUCCUAAUGUUGGAUCUAUGACAGAUGGACAUGGACACCAGAAAUUGGUGGCUUUCUUGUCAUAUAGAGUAAAUGGACAAUAUAUUAUGGAAGGACUUGCAACUAGUUUCCUGUUUACAAUAAGAGGUCUAGAUUUCAUAGUCCUAGACCUAUCUGAGGCAACAAAUACUCCCAGGAUCAAUAGGUUCAUUCUUCUAUGCAUUGACUGUGUGAAUGUCCUUUUGAUUUUCUUCAUGGAGAAAAUGUUCUUGAAACUGCUGGGCUAUCUAUUGGGCUAG